GACUUAACCGCGCGUAUAUAACGUAAAAGGAAAAACAUGUCAGUGUAAAGUAAAAAGUGUUGGUUAUCGCGCGGAUUUGACCGUUCUCCAGGCGUUUUAGAAAUUCUGAAAGGAUUGAUAUAAAAAAAUGUACAAAAUAAAGCAGCAUAAAUUAAAAGUGGCUCUUUGUAUGGCUGUACAAAUAAAUUUUAUAAAUAAUAAAAGAAAAAGAAGCAUAUGGGUGAAAAAAUGGAUGGAGGAUCGUAACAAAUAUGGUCACAUGCCACUAUUAAAAGAACUAAGACAAGAUUAUCCUAGUGAUUUUAAAAAUUAUCUUCGUAUGGACUUUGAUACAUUUAAUAUAUUAUUAGAAUUGAUCUCACCUAUUAUUUCUAAACAAAACACGAAGAUGAGAGAAAGUAUUAGUGCGGAGGAAAGACUAGCUGCCACAUUACGCUACUUAGCGACAGGUCGCUCCUAUGAAGAUCUUAAAUUUUCUACUGGAAUAUCACCAUCUUCCUUAUGCUACAUCAUACCCGAAACAUGCAAAGCCAUAUAUCAGGUUCUUAAAGAAACUUAUUUGAAGUUUCCAAAAACAAAAGACGAUUGGUGCCAAGUAGCAUCGGAUUUUAAAAAUCAAUGGCAGUUUAUAAAUUGUGGGGGAGCCCUUGACGGGAAGCAUAUACGCAUUGUUCCGCCUCCUCAUUCGGGAGCUCAAUAUUACAACUACAAAAACUUUUAUAGCAUCGUUCUACUAGCGCUUGUAAACGCAAAUUAUGAAUUUAUUUACAUCGAUGUUGCGAAAAAUGGAAGACAUUCCGAUGGAGGAAUUUUGGAGUACACAGAAUUUUAUGAUAAAUUGACAAAAGGUCAAUUACAUUUGCCGAAUAAUGAUGAAACGGAGAAACAUCUUAAUUACGUUUUCUUAGGCGAUGAAGCAUUUUCACUGCACGAAAAUUUUUUGAAACCGUAUCCUCAAAGAGAUCUAUCAUUGGAAAAUAGAGUUUUUAACUACCGUUUAUCCCGUGCACGCAAUGUUGUUGAGAAUACUUUUGAUUUACUAGCUGCACGUUUUCGAGUUUUACAUACAGCCAUACACAUUACCGAUCCACAAAAUAUCACCUACGUGGUUUUGGCUAUUUGUGCUUUGCACAAUUUUCUUAUAAGACGCACGACUUCUUAUGCACCUCCCAGAUCGUUUAAUCACGAAGAUUUGGCGACUCACGAAUUACAAAUGAGUGAAUGGCGGAAUAGCAGUACCGAACUUACCAGUUUACGAACAAGUACGCAAAAAAAUGUAACAAUAAACGCUAAAAGUAAUCGCGAGAAGUACAAACAAUAUUUUAAUUUGGAAGGAAAAGUUCCGUGGCAACUUGACAUGAUAAAGAAAGGAAAAGCUUAAUUUAUAUUAUUAUAACUCACCUGUGUUAAUAAAUUUUUUUUUACGCCUGUGUCUGUGUUUUCUUGUAAUUCAGUAUCCUGAGAUUCACUUUCAUUAUUAUGCUCUUGUAGUAUUUGGCAUUCAUUAUUCUCUGCAUGUUCUCCUGCCCCAUUGUCACAUCCUGCCUCUAAUUCGUCCGUAUCCAUAUUGCUUAUACUAGCGGUUGGUAUUUCCUGAUCACUGGUAAAUAACAAUAGGUCGUAGUACCAUAAAGUGGGUAUGUAGACAUCAUCUGCCCCAGCUCCACUUCGCAUUGAUUCUGCCACCUUUUUUACUUCCUUGCGAAAAGAACCUCUGAAGCUUUGAAUCUUUUUUAUAACAUAGUCUUUAUUUGCCUCAGGAAAAAUGGUUUUGCAGACCUCUACCAAUUUCUCGUAAGCUUUAUUUUUUUUUUAGGUUUUUAUUUGUAUAGUCUUUUGACCUGACCUUCCAUAGACACGGAUACGAUUUAUAAACUUCAAUAAAAUGCCUUAUAAACUCUUUCGACCAGUACCUACUGUCUCCCAUGGC